AUGAAUUCCACCCUGAUCAUUCUUUGGAUCUUUACUUGGGUGGCAAUCGGCUUGAUUGUUCUUCGGCUGCUAUUGCGGAAGCUAAAAGGACAUCAGUUCUCCCUUGGGGAUUAUUUUUCCAUGGGAGCAAUGCUCUGUGCACUCGUACGCCUCGCCUUGGUCCAUGUUAUUCUCAUCUGGGGAACCAACAAUAUGUCUACUAAGCUCAGACAUACGCACCAUUUCACUCCGGUUGAGAUCCGUCACAGAGAGAUCGCGAGCAAAUUUGUGCUCGCCAAUAGAGUGUUCUAUACUUCCUAUCUCUGGUUGCAAAAAUCCGUUCUGCUUGAUACAUACCGCAGACUGCUCACACACCUUCGCUGGGAGAAGCCCACAAUGAUCUCGUAUAUUGGUAUAUUCGCAGCAACGUAUGUUGCCGUACAGACUGUGACUUUUACUGAGUGCGAUCCAUUCAAUCAUUACUGGAUCGUGUUGCCGGAUCCUGGCAAAUGCUGUCAGGCACAGCUCCAAUUGAUCGUCCUCGUUUUCUCAGGUGUCCUCAAUGUCGUCACUGAUGUUAUGCUUAUUGCCUUGCCGAUUCCAAUUCUGGUUAUGGUUAAACGAUCCAAUGUUGAGAAACUACAACUAGCGAUCCUCUUCGCCGUCGGUCUCUUCAUCGUCGCAAUCACCAUCGCUAGAUUACCUCAAAACGUUAAGAAUUACUCUGCACAAGUGAACAGAACGACUUGGGCAUCCGUUGAGUUACUCGCUGCUGCUAUCGUCGCCAACGCUCCCGUUCUGUACGGACUCCUCAAGGGACAGAGGCAAAAGUCCAAAGAAGCCGCAUCAGGAGCCAGAUCACCGCGGCAGGGUCUUCAAAAAAGAUCGGAAAAUGCGCCCAAUUUCGAAAUGCGAGGGGCCCGUCGCAAUAAGAGAGGGUCCGAUCUCGGCUCAAUUAUAUCAUCCAGGAAUUCUAGGAAUUACUUAGGGGCGCAUGGCGAGAGUAGUCAUUCGCUAACUCGAAGCCUAGACUUGUCUGAGGAAAGAACUCCAAGUUAA